GCUCAUACCCUUCGUCUUGCCACCAGCAGGUGGGUGGCUAUAAAAGUGCACGUCGAACGCCGGGUAAACAAGCUUAACAUUGAAAACAGAAGAUAUGUGGCUGCCGCUAAUCUUUAUUGCCUGUCUCACGGUUGCCAGCGGAUCCGGGAGCGACGGAAAAUCGGGCGCAGACACAGCCUUUGUGCCGCGAUAUUCUCUGACGGCUGAAAGCAAGAACAAGGAACUGGACCUGAGUCCAGACGGCGAUCGGCAGAGGCCCUCCAUCAGCGAGAACGGACAUCCGACGCAGAAGCCCUGGCGACGCGGAGAAUACGUCUACGACAGUGUUUACACAACCAACUGGCCAGCUCCUUCUGCUCCCAAUGCCAUGCUGGGCCUUCUCGGUCCCCUGCUGGCACCCGGGCUUCUUUUGAUGGGCGUAAAUCUUGGUGCGCUUCUUUACAUGCUCCUUGGCCUGCUGGGUCUGGCCCCGCCUCGGAGCAAUAGACAUGCGACUGCGGACGACAUUUACCGCAGAGACAGACAUAAUCUUGGUGAUGGCAAGGAAGCGGCCAUAUAUUUUUAGUUAAGCGCGUGACGCAGUU